AACCAUGUUAUCUGCAAUAGUUUUUGAGUUAGGAAAUGGUCAUCUAUACUCUUUAGAAAUUCCAAGGAUGUUUUAGUACUGGCAGCAUGAAACCUGCAUCAUAUGUCACUCGAAUUGAAGACCUCCAUGAACAUAUUUUUUUCUACGUUACAGAUAGGCUCAACAAUGUUACAAAUGGAGAAAGAACUAAAUGAACUUCUUGUGAGGAAAGAACAAGAAUGGAAAGAGCUACAAGCUCGCCAUCUCUGUUUUCAGAAGACAACAUUGCAGGAUACCAGAAAGCAGCUCCAAGAAAUGCAUAAAAAAUUCAAUAGGUUAAAAGAAGAUUUCACCUAUAAUCUGAAAAUUCUGGAAGAGAGAGACAGAGAACUGGAGCGCUAUGAUGCCAUGUUUACUCAUUUGAAAAUGGCUGAAAAUGCUAAACAGGCAGAAGUUAGCGAUCUUAGGAUACAGCUGGAUAAGCUGCAACAAACACUUCUCAAGGAAACCCAGAAACAAGAGGCUCUGCAGUACCAAUAUCAACAAAAACUUAAAGAACAUCAGUUAGAGAUGGAGCGGCUGCACAGUUCUAAGGUUUCUGACAUUGACCAUCACUGUGAGGAGUAUAAGAAGCUGAAACAGCAGUUGGAGAGAAAACUCCAAGAAGUGGAAGGAGAGCUUGCUUUGCAGAAACAGGAGCUGCUAGUGGAAUUUGGUGCAGAAAUUAAAAAGAGAGAACAUGCAUUUCGACAGCGGGCAGAUGAAAUGAGUAAUUUAGUUCUUUCUCAUGAACUGAAGGUGAAGUUGUUGACCAGAGAACUGGAGGCUCUGAAAGAGGCUGGGAUGAAAGCUGCAGAAUCAUUGCAAAUAGCAGAAACUACUAAUUUGAAGUUGGAGAAAGAGGCCAAAUGCAAGGACUGGGAACUUAAAGAUCUUGCAGCUGUGAAAGAUGCUCAGAUACAGGAUUUAGAAUGUAAACUUCAUUUAGUAUACCAGACCUGGCAAAAAGAAGAGGAAACAUUUCAGAGAAAACAUGAGGUGCUAGAUCGCUUUGCGAAGGAAAAGGAUGCAGUACUGGCUUCAGUGAAAGAAGUCCAUGCUGAGCAAAUACAGAAGUGGGAAAAUCAGAUAAGAGAACUGCAAAUAAGUCAUGAAACUCUGGAAAUGGAGCUGCGUAGAAGGGAAUGGAAGCAUGCAGAUUGUUUGAAAGAGAAAGACACUGUUAUUGAAAAGCUUCAAAGAGAGCUAACAACACUGAAAACAAGCUGGGAUUCUCAUCUAGCUCAAAUCUCCAAAGAGACUGUUUCUAAAGACCUUCAAAUUCAGUCAUUGCAUGAGGAGGAGGUGAAGCUGAGGGCAGAAUUGGCCAGAUUCCAGCAGGAUAUAGAAAGGUAUAAGCAGCAACUGUCUCUGGCAGCAGAACGAGAGCAGAUUCUGGAACGGGCUAAAGUGCAAGCAGAACUGGACUGGCAGCGGCGCUGUGAAAAUGCUGAAAGAAAUCAAUAUCAGAAAUCAGAGGAUCUAAUACAGAGCCUGUCAACAGCAAGGGACCAGGUUACAGCUCAGCUACAAGAGAAGGAAAAGAAGCUGUGUGAAAUGGAAACAGUCCUGUCUGCUUUGACCUUUGAAAGAGACCAAGCAGUGCAGGCUCUUCAGAAACAUGGUAUAUUGCCUGAAGGAGAGAAACAGAUGUUUCUAGGUGGUGAUAAAGGAGUUCUUGGAAAAGAUUUUCCUGCCACAGAGAUCCAAAGAUUAAAGGAACAGAACACCAGCCUGCGGGCUGCUAUUGCAGAAAUGAGGAAAGAAAUGGAGACUCUCAGUGAUCAGACAGCAUCCUCGUUCCCCAGGAAAGAAAAUAUACAAUAUACACAGCAAACUGCCAAUGAUGCUAAGGCUGCUACAGUCAUAUUUACUCCUGAUUAUGUUCAAUCCCUGGAAGAGGAAAUAAGAAAGUUAAAGCAUAAAUACUGGAUAAUGGAAGAGCAACUAGAAAAGGCAUUUAAAUUUUCCAGAAAAUCAUCUGCUCCAUCCCAUGACCCAUCCAGCACUCAGCACCACUCAGCUACACCCAUCACUCAGCUCCACACCCACAAUUUCCAGGAAACUAAUGGUGCAUUUUGUGCUCAUGAAGUUUUCUCUGGAGCUCCUUUGAAGAAGCUGGAAGCCAGAACAGCACCCUUGGAUGCCAUGGUAACACAGCACAUACAAAAGGGUUCAGUGAUUAAAGGGCUUCAAGACGAGAUUGUAGAUCUCAGACAACAUUUAUCAGGGGUGGAGUCAGGCGAUGGCCCCCACCAUUGUAUAAAUUGCUCUGCACAGCAGAUGCAGAGUAAACUGAAGGAAGCAGUGAGAAAGAUCUCUAUUCUGAGCCAAGAAAAGCAACAACUAAUUGAAAUGGGAAACAGACUUCGAGCAGAACUUGGUGUAGUAUCAAAGGAAGGACUUCAGCAUUACAUUAGCUCUAAACAGUGCCCUGUUCAUACUGUUUAUGGUGCUCUGUAUCCUAAAGAGCUUGCCAAUGAAGCACAACAUCGAUUCUCAGCUUUAGAGCAUCUACAGUACCAGCUUACAACACAGGAGCUCCAGUAUGCACAGCGACAACGUUUCUCAAGAUUGACUUCUAUGAUUACGUUUCCUAGCUCAAUAGAGAGCUUAAGUGCUGGAAAUGUUCCAAGUAGGAGUGGUGAGGGAGCGGAACUACCUGAGAUUCAGGUUCAACUGGAAUCUUCUGUUAGAAAUUGCAGUCCAGGGCAACAAAAGGAAUGUACAUCCUCAGAAACAGACCAAUCACAGCAACUCAGUAGGGAGAGCACUAGCCAAUCCCAACAGGCCUGGAUGUCAUCAUCUGGAGUACACAGCUCCCUCCAGGAUAUUUGGCAGAUUCUAGAUAUGGGAUCAAGCCCUUCUAUUCUCAGCCCUCAAAGCAACAUAGAUCAAGUAGAGUUCAAAGCUACCCACACAGCCAAGAAGUUUGAAGAGUCUCAGCAAAAUAUCGAAACUGGGGAUCAAGAAAGAGCACCAGCUGCUGACUUGACAGUCAAAGGAACCAACAUUGAAGUUCAACCAAAGUUAAUAGCCAACAAAUCAUCUCGGACUCACCCCAUAAAGUCAAAAAUCUCCCACCAGAUGCAAAAAAUCCGGAACUACAAUGUUAAACAUUGAUUUCUUUGACAGUAAGUUUAGCUCUGUACAAACUCUGAGUACAGGACUGCCCCUGCCCCUAAGAGCUUACAGUCUAAAUAGACCAGACAGCCAGAGGCUGGGGGAAGGGAUAGAACUCACUAGCAGAAUGAACAAGGAGAUGGCAGCAAAUGUGGGGUUAGUUCCAUAGUUUAAUUUUUACUGUUUAUUUGUUUACUCACUUAUUUUGGAUGGGUUUACUUAGGAGGGGAUAAGCUAAAUGGAAACAGAAGGGAAGUGGAUAGGAGAAGAGGAUAAGAGAGGCAAGGGUGACGUUCAGGUGAAGGGACUGUUGGGGAGAGGAGGGAGAGGGUUGGACAGCCAAUCAGCACGUAACUGAGAAAGUACAAUCAAAAGUGUGGAUGGUUCUCUGAAUAUCCAGAGGUCCUUGUUUUGGCACCUUUAGCCUCUUUGACUCCUCUCUGCACAUCUCCAGGGCACAGGGAAAGGGGUGAGGCAUCACUUGGGUACUAGUGCCCCCAAAGUGGGGUGUCUCCCCUACACAGUUCUGGGUUCAGGAAGGUGCUGAGGGAGGGAUAGCCCCAGCUUAUUGUUUGACCUUAUUAAAUGUCAGUUCAUCCACCUGCUUUCUGGAGGUUAGUAUAGAUUCCCAGCUAUUAAAGAUUUAAACUCUUGUGUCUUUAGGCAGAGCUUGCAGUUUUUAGCAAAAUUUUGUUGAGAAACACUGGAGUGUGGGUUAGACAGGGAAAAAUGUAUCUCUGUGGGCUGCCUUAGCAUGCUAUUUUCCUAUGCUUACUAACACUGCACUCAUUCUACAUACUGUAACAAUCAAUUCUCUGUAGCUGCUUAAUAUUAAUUUUAAAGUCAGGGGUACAAAGAGAUGGGCCCUGAUUCUGCACUACUUUGUACCUUCUGUAGGCAUUUAUGCGUGUGCAAAAUGGGUGUAAAAUGAUACAAAAACAGAAUUCUCCAUUCACUUACACUGGUGGUAUUGAUUAGCACAGGUGUAAGUGAUGUCACAAGUUUCAAGACUGUGAGAAUCAGGCUCAUUAAUAAUACUUCGAAUCUUUCAUUGGAUGAACUAAAAGCAUUGUACAAAUGACUAAGCCUUACAACAUGUUUCCAGCUGAAAUUGCAGGAAAAAUUUUGAGUUGUAAUUUGACCAGCACACCACUGUACUUAUGAAAAGUGUCAUGACCUUUGAAUGAUCAUGAGUUCUCAGGAUCUCUGUUUUGUUUCGUUUUGAAAAUGGCAAGAUGGCACCUCCAGUAGCAUUGCAGGAAGCUGGGGUAUUGGUUUCGUGCUAAAGCCCUGACUCUCCAAACAUUUAUUCAUGUGCUUAACUUUACUACUGGGAGUGGUCCUAUUGAAAAGGACUACUCGUGGUAGUAAAAUUAAUAAUGUGUGUGUUUGCAGGUUAAGAGCCUAAGAUGGAAGAAAGACUUACUGAAUCACCUGCACUUCUUCCUGCAACACAUAGGUGUCCAAAUUCUGUCUCUAGACAACCCUGCUCAGUUUGAGAUCUGAAAGGAACACAGUACAAAGUUGUACAGCGUGGCUGUAGGCAGCUCAAGAGUAACGUGAAAAAAUUGUUCAAUGUUCUGUUCAAAAAUGUUUUGCUUUAACAUAUAGAUAAUACGAAUGGUAAUACAAAUAAUAUGGUAUUAUAAAUAAUAAAUAAUAGUAAUAAGUUGCAUGCUUAGUAGCCAUUAAUUUCAUUGUGCUUUUAUUAUGUCAGUACUGGAUCUGAGGCGUCCUCUGUGCCCUUUCCCAAUUUAUUUUGCUUGAAGGUCCCAUCAUCAGAUUAAAUACUUUUUACAUUGUUCCUUCAUGGACCAGAACAACAUGAUGCAUUCCCCUCAUCCAGAGCCUGCUGUGACUGCAGCUCAAAGCACAGUGGUUUCCAACAAGUAGGGAAAUUUUGACCUCACAUCAUAGUUGCAGCCAACUGUUGCUAUACAGUUUGCCUGAAUUCAAAAGUUUUGAAAUAAUUAUAGAAUAUACAUUCCAGCAACUUUGCAACUCUUGUUUCCAAUGGUUUCAAUUUGAACAUGAAGAUUCAGAGCAGCUCGGUAUGAUGUGGCUCCGCAUCCUGGUGAGAAGUGCAAGGCUGAAGCAUUAAUAUGGUGAUACCCUAAUGAGGAAAGCCACAUUCCCAUUCAAUUAAUUGUUAUAACAACAUUCUAACAUCUGGUUGACCCUUAGAAAAUUCUUUUCCUACUAAACUGAUCUGUAUGGCCUGUACACUGGGUGUUUAGCUCAGAUUUCAAAAGUGGCUUUGGAUUUUAAAAUCUAUGGCAUGCCUGUUUAUGCAGAUACCUUGCCAGGAAGGCAAUUUUUGUUCAUUCAGCUUCCCUGAGCAACUUCUGCUUUAGCAAACUGUAGAUGGUGGCAAGAGAUGUUUUUGGUUGAUCCCUUCAUUCCAUUUUCUUCUUCUGAUGGUAAGAGGCAGAAUUUUAUUUUAUUGCAGUUAACAUUAGCUGAGAAUAACUCUUAAAUUGGUGUUGACCCAGCAGGAAUGGUACAAGAACAAAUAUACAAGGAGAAUAUACAACAUGGCAGA